AUGAUAUUUAUCUAAUGGUUAAAUAUCUUUUGUGUCUUAGCAUCCCACAUAUAAAUUGAGGUAUCGAUAAUAACUAGAUGUUAUAGUAGGAUUUUUUGAGAAGCAGGCUGGAAGGACUUAUUUAAUAUGGCCAUCUAAUUUGGCUUAUUAUUAUCCUAUUUUAGUUUCUCAUAAACGCAUAGAAAUAUCUGAACUACCAGAUUCUAAUUUAGUACCAUCAGGAAAGAAACAGAUUGAAUUAACAUUACUUGAAUGACCAUCUAAUUUUGCUUUUUAUAGUCCUGUCUUAACAGCCCAUAAAACAUGAAAAUUAUCAAUACUUAGAAAUGCUAAUUUAUUUCCACGCCCAGAUGAUAUUGUCUACCAUCAAGAUAGAAGCAAAUGGAAUUGAAAUAAUUGCUAUAAUCAUCUAAUUUAUAUUAACUUUUGAUUUUAAAGUUUUUCCAUUCUGA